GUGUGGCUUGGUUCUGGAGCGGAAGUGAUCUUCGGCGGAAGCACGCAGUGCGCAAAUAGUGGGUGUUAUGGUUGGGGGCCGGCUUUUUUGGGGUUUGCUGCGAAAGCUCUUCAAUUCCAUGGCUCAGAGGCCUCUUGAGGGCGUGCACCUCUCUAGGGGUCUGCAUGCGGAGUGCGGACUCCGAAGGCUCUCCAUCGAAGGCAACAUUGCUGUGGGAAAGUCUACCUUUGUGAAGUUACUCACGAAAACUUACCCAGAAUGGCACAUAGCUACAGAACCUGUAGCAACUUGGCAGAAUGUCCAGACUUCUGGCACCCAAAAAGCCUGCGCUACUCAAAGUCUUGGGAACUUGCUGGAUAUGCUGUAUCGAGAGCCAGCACGAUGGUCUUACACAUUCCAGACAUUUUCUUUUCUGAGCCGCCUAAAAGUACAGCUGGAAUCCUUUCCUGAGAAAUAUUUACAGACUACCAAGGCAGUGCAGAUCUUUGAAAGAUCUGUGUACAGUGACAGGUAUAUCUUUGCAAAGAAUCUUUUUGAAAAUGGCUCCCUCACUGACAUCGAAUGGCAUAUCUAUCAGGACUGGCAUUCUUUUCUCCUGCAGGAGUUUGCCACUCAGCUCAAAUUACAUGGCUUCGUCUACCUCCAGGCUACUCCCCAGGUGUGUUUGAAGAGACUCCAUAAGAGGGCCAGACAAGAGGAGAAAGGAAUUGAGCUGGAGUAUCUUGAGCAGCUUCAUGAUCAACAUGAAGCCUGGCUUAUUCACAGGACAACGAAACCUCACUCUGAGUCUCUGUUGAACACUCCAGUGCUAGUAUUGGAUGUCAAUGAUGAUUUUUCUGAAGAAGUAACCAGACAAGAAGAACUUAUGAAAAAGGGAUAGAAUUACUCCUAGGACCUCCAUCUAAUUCCCCUCAAAGACAUACAGAAGGGAAUUACUGUCUCAGGGAUGAGUGGACCCUCAAGUGUGUGUCCCCAGAUGUAGGAAAUGGAGUCUGGGAUGUGAGAGCGAUCUGGCUGGAACACCUGUCACCCCAUCGAUCGCUAAGGUUGAUUCGGCACAUCUAGCUGGCUAGGUGGGUGUCCCCUUCCUCCCUCACUGCUCCCAAAGCUGCUUGCUUGAUCAAACAUGACGACCUUCCCCAAAUAGAGACCAGUGUUUGGUUGGGUUCUAGCACUCCCCUGCUAGAACCUCCAAACAAACUCUCAAGGAAAUGGAGUCUGAACUCCGGAAAGUUCUUUUAUUCCCAUCUAAUACUAGUAGAGGGGAGGGAGGGGAUAUGAUUUUGACCUUUGUCAUUGAGCUAAAGAGCAUGGACAAAAGAAAGUGGAGGAGAGAAAGACAAGUCAGGAGUCCAACCACUGAGCAUCUAAUAUUUAGGGUUUGGUCAUCCUAAGUCUCUGCCCUGCUCUAAAUACCUAGUGGAUUUUCUGCAGCCUUAAUGGAACAAAUCUAGAUAUCAGGAACAAAAUAAAGUAAGUACUUCAAGUUUCA